GGGAAGCCGGAGGAGCUACGGGGUCGUUCCGUCGUCUCGCUUCCAGGGACGCGCGGCCGAGGCCCAGGCGAGGGUGACACAGCCGGAGGUAAAGUAUGCGUGCAAAACUCCACUGCAAAAGUUUUAAGACAAGUGAACAUUUUAUGGCAAGUAUAUCAGAAGGAUGUUCUCCAAUGAAUGAUAUUCAGCCCACCUUGAAAAAUUGUGCCCAUAAGUGCCAAGCAAACCUGAAAAGAAACUAACUGGGAGUCUAUAUGUAGAAACAAAUUGUGUUCUGCUUUUUCACAUAUUAAAUAUAAAGACACAAAAACAACAUCAGCAGUAAAACCACAAACCCUGGUGCUUUUACACAUUUGGUCUAUGGUCUUCAUAACUGACACUUUAACUGUCCUGUUUAGAAACAUCCUUAAUUGUACGUAGAAUAAAACCGAGUACCACUGUGUUGCUGUUCACUAAAAUAACUGAAUGUUAAGACAUUUGCCAAAAUGAGUGCCGAAGGAUACCAGUACAGAGCUUUAUAUGAUUACAAAAAAGAACGAGAAGAAGACAUUGACUUGCACUUGGGAGAUAUUUUAACUGUGAAUAAAGGUACUUUAGUUGCCCUUGGAUUCAGUGAUGGGGAAGAAGCAAAACCUGAGGAAAUUGGCUGGUUGAAUGGUUAUAAUGAAACUACUGGACAAAGAGGAGACUUUCCAGGAACCUAUGUAGAAUAUAUUGGAAGAAAAAAAAUUUCUCCUCCAACUCCAAAGCCUCGUCCUGUUCGACCCCUUCCUGUGGCACCAAGUCCUACAAGAGUAGGAGCAGACAGUGAUCAACCAGCUUCUACACUUCCAGACCUUACAGAGCAGUUUUCACAACCUGAUAAUGCCCCUCCCCUUCUUGUCAAGUUAGUGGAAGCCAUUGAAAGAAAAGGUCUGGAAUGUUCAACAUUGUACAGGUCACAAGGGUCAAGCAGCAUUGGUGAAUUAAGACAAAUUACUGAGUGUGAUGUUUCUUCAGUGGAUUUUGAUGCCAUUGAUCUGCAGAUUUUAUCAGAUGCUUUGAAGAGGUACUUUCUCGACUUGCCAAAUCCUGUCAUUCCAGCAUCUGUUUACAAUGAAAUGAUUUCCAUAGCACAAGAAGUGCAGAACUCAGAGGAAUAUGCUCAAGUGCUGAAGAGACUCAUCAAAUCGCCAAAUAUACCUCAACAGUAUUGGCUUACACUCCAAUAUCUGCUCAAACAUUUCUCCAGACUUUGUCAGGCCUCUACCAAAAACCUUCUGAACGCAAGAUUCCUAGCUGAAAUCUUCAGCCUUCUGCUGUUCAGGUGCCCAGUAGCAAGCUCUGACAAUACAGAACAUCAGAUAAAAAUCAUGGAAGCAUUAAUUGCAAGUGAAUGGAAUGAAAGACAACCUGCACCAGCCUUGCCUCCUAAGCCUCCUAAGCCUAAUACUGUAACAAAUAAUGGUAUGAAUAACAACAUGUCUCUGCAAGAUGCUGAAUGGUACUGGGGCGAUAUCUCAAGGGAAGAAGUCAAUGAGAAGCUUCGUGACACUGCUGAUGGUACAUUCCUGGUACGAGAUGCUUCCACCAAAAUGCAUGGGGACUAUACACUUACACUAAGGAAAGGGGGAAAUAAUAAAUUAAUCAAAAUUUUUCACCGAGAUGGGAAAUAUGGCUUUUCAGAUCCAUUAACAUUCAAUUCUGUGGUUGAGCUAAUAAACCACUACCGAAACGAGUCUUUAGCCCAGUAUAAUCCAAAACUGGAUGUUAAACUGCUUUACCCAGUGUCCAAGUAUCAACAGGAUCAAGUGGUUAAAGAAGAUAGUAUUGAAGCUGUUGGAAAGAAAUUGCGUGAAUACAAUAUCCAAUUCCAAGAAAAAAACCGGGAAUAUGACAGGCUCUAUGAAGAUUAUACAAGAACAUCUCAGGAAAUUCAGAUGAAAAGAACGGCUAUUGAAGCAUUUAAUGAAACCAUAAAAAUAUUUGAAGAACAGUGCCAAACACAAGAAAGAUACAGCAAAGAAUAUAUAGAAAAGUUCAAGAGGGAAGGAAAUGAGAAGGAAAUACAAAGAAUUAUGCACAACUAUGAAAAGCUGAAAUCUCGAAUCAGUGAAAUUGUAGACAGUCGGCAUAGACUGGAAGAGGAUUUAAAGAAGCAAGCUGCUGAGUACAGGGAAAUUGACAAGCGCAUGAAUAGCAUUAAACCAGACCUAAUACAGCUCAGAAAGACUAGAGAUCAGUAUUUAAUGUGGCUUACCCAGAAAGGUGUUCGGCAAAAGAAAUUGAAUGAAUGGCUUGGCAAUGAAAAUACAGAAGACCAAUACUCUAUGGUGGAAGAUGAUGAAGAUUUGCCUCAUCAUGAUGAACGAACAUGGAAUGUGGGAAAUAUCAACCGAAGCCAAGCUGAAAAUUUGCUACGUGGAAAACGGGAUGGAACGUUCCUUGUUCGAGAGAGCAGCAAACAGGGCUGUUACGCCUGCUCUGUUGUUGUGGAUGGUGAAGUGAAGCACUGUGUUAUCAACAAAACACCUACUGGAUAUGGAUUCGCGGAGCCAUAUAACCUGUACAACUCGCUGAAAGAACUGGUGCUACAUUAUCAACACACAUCGCUAGUGCAGCACAAUGACUCUCUCAAUGUCACACUAGCCUAUCCAGUAUAUGCACAGCAGAGGCGAUGAAGAUGCUAAUACUCUGGGAUUUGUCUCUUUUUAUUCAACACCCACAAAGAUAAUUCAAGAAUCCUGAAGCCUCUGGGUAGAGAAGGCUCUUGAGUUGGAGUGAAGGUGUCAAAGCCAUCUGUCUUUGAAUGGGACUGAAGCUUUCUUCACAACUGCAGUGGAAGAGAUAGCUGAGUUGAGAGCUGUGAACACACAUUUCUAAUCUAAAGUGCUUUUAAAAAAACAAGCAAAGGAAAAAUACACAAUGAGAGAGAAGUGUUCUCUCCCUGUAGGGAUGUAGAGGCCUUUAACCGUGGUGCUUGCAGACCAUCUUUUUGAAGCUUUAAGAGCUCAGAUGUUGGAACUCUGAAGACCCCAAAGUCUAACGGGGGCUGUAUAAAUGGCAGCAGAAAUUCUCAGUUAUUGUGAUUUGGGUGAUGCAGCUGCAAAUAGGGGGUGCAGUUGCCCACAGCUCUGGAUUGCUGAUUUCAUGGAGAAUAUGUAGCAGAAUGGCACUUUCAUUUUUAAGGGACACUUUAAAGACUUCAGCAGUCUUUCAUCAGAGAAAUGGGCAUGGUGACAGAAAGUGCCAGGAAGUGUUUUUUGUUUAGACAUUGAAAAUCUUGUUUUAAAGAAGAUAUUUAAGACUGAAGAAAACUGGACUUUUAUGGACUACAGUAUAUAAUAUGUACAUAGUUCUGGAUUACUAGCUAUCAUAGACGGCUACCUUCAGUACCAAACUUAUUCUGUUCAUUAUUUGGUUUUCAAAAAGCUGAAUCCUUACACUGCUAUGCAAUACUUCAUUUUCUGUAGGCUGUUUUUGUUUCAAGUGUAACUAGAGGAUAAGCUUGCUUUAUUUUUUUCCUUUGUCAUCUCAAAAUGUUCUAUUAACUCAUAUUUUUGUGUUAAUUUUCAUUAUGUUCAUUCCCCACCCUUUUUUAAUUUUAAAAAGAAAUGUACAGGAUGUCAGUAAAAGUUGGCAUUGGAAUUUAAACUAUGAGCUGUUUUAACAGGGUCCCCCCGCCCCCCCGUUUUAAAGAGUAUUGAGCUGCAAGCUCAAGGUUAAAAUUGAAGACUUCUUUUUUUUUUAAUUAAUAUUUUGUUGGGCAGUGCCUGAUAAGCAUCAAAGCUGCUUUACUCAAUAAAAAUAUAUGAACAUUGCAAAGUAUCUCUGAUUUCAGCAAUAUUGUUUGGAAAAUAUAUUCCGAUUAUGAUAUCCCACUAUAUUCGAUUCAGUUUUAGGUAUUUCUCCUGGGUGUACUUGUAUUUGGAAGACGUUUCCAUCUUUUUUUGAAUGCUGCACAUAGAGAGAUGGAAAACACUGACUGCUAGAGUAGAUAAAUCAGAUUUAAUCUUUCAGACCUGUGUAAAAUUCUGGUCAACAAUUCUAGUAGACACUGCAUCAAGAUACUGUUUAUAUCACAUGAGAUAAUUUUGCUUUCUUUUAAAAAAAAUUGUGCAUUUGGCAUCUAUAUUUCAUAAUGUAUAACAAUAAGAGUAAUUUUAGAAAGCUCUUGUUUUUGACACCUUUCCCCCCACAAAUAUUUUGUUACAUUUGUCUCUUUUAAAUUAAAAAAAUACAAAGAUUUUCAUUUGAAAGAGAAAAGAGAUAUCAGCUACCAACUGAGUAAAAGUAAUGAAUAAAACAUAAAACCUCAGUAUUAUAGUGUUUAACCAAAUUCUGCAUUUCUUCAAUAGCAAAAUAAAGACCAUAGUUGUAUUUUAUAUUUUCCACCAAGGAACUCUGGGCAGAUUUCCUUUUUCAGUAAAUAAGCAUAGAGAAAAUAGAUCUUGUAGAGCGCUUUAUGGUUUUGAUCCCUUAGGCAAUCUGUGCUUCUUAAAAUGAAGCAUCAAGGACUACUUGUAGAUAUAUUUUUAUUGUUUGCUAACACUAUAAAAAGUUGGUUUUGUUUCCACUUUUUUUAAUUUACCAAUAUUUUUACUAUCUGAUGCUGUGUGAAAAGAUUUUUUAAACAAUAAUAUGUUGACUUAACUUUCCUGAAGAAUGUAGCUUAUUUCAGCAUUCUUCAGGGUUCACUUCAGACUCCUUUAAAAGUCAACAGGGAUUUUGCCAACCUUCAGAGAGACUUUGGAAGGAGUUAGGGCUACCACUGCAGGCUGCAAAUUUUAAUCCUCUUGUGCUGAAUUAGUCUCACUAGAGUCAGUGGAAUGACUCUAGGUCUUCUCAGGAGGAAGUGGACUAAAUCACAUUUCAUCUCAUGGAGCAAAGAUCAACCCCAAAUUGCCCCCCCCCAGUUUUAACACGUUUCUUGACUCUUUCCCUAGACCUCUGAAGGGCAGAAAAGCAUGCAUCUUGCUCUUGUUCUUAAAAGGCAACUUGUGAGUGGUUGAUGAAGAGCAAGUAAUUUUAAUUUUAAUCUGACCAAAAUGCACUUUGAUAGAGCAACAUGAAUGUGCACCAGUAGGUUCCCAUACCUGACUUACUGUCAAAUCUGGUCCUUCUCUUUGUAGAGGAGAGAAGCCUGGUUCUAGGUCCCUUUUUUAAGAGAGAAAACGGGGGCCUGUGUUCAGCCAUCCUACCACCACAACCCUUCCCCCCCAAAACAGUUGAUCAGUACUUCAGUUUGAACAGUAUUGACCAUUUGUUUGGUGCUGUGUGCUGUUGCCAAUCAUGUAUUGGGAACCACCUGCAUAGUCCCUGGGUGAGCCUUGGGGACUACCUGCACAGUACCCGUUUUAGCAGGUGGUUCUCAAUUCCAGCAGCAGAUACUCAUGCAAAAGCCAGCUUCUCCACAUGUGACUCCCUCUCUGGUUGAGAACACAGAGAGACAAAACCAAAAUUACUGAACUGCGAAGAUAACAGGGCUUCUGGAAUAAGAACUGCCAUGUUUAUAUCAUGAAUGCAUCUACUACAGACAAAACAAGUUAUGGAUUCCUUAACUUGAGGCUUAGGUUUGUGGUCUCUGAUGUACUUUUAUAUACGUGUGUAUGGGAGAGAGAGUGCAUGAAUGGAUGUAUUUUGGCUGCAGUUUUCAAUGAAUCUAAGCAUGCAGUGAAUUUUUUCUCCAAAUUUCCCAUUUAUUCAAACUGGCUGAAAGCGACAGGCUGGCAGUGUUCCUAAUUGUAUUUUAGUGUUUGGAGUUCAUUGUCGUUUCAUGUGUUGUUAAGCUGUCCUAAGGGUUCUCUAAACGUUUUGGCAUUUCAGUUUGUUGAAAAAUAAAAUAAAAUCAAAAAUAGUAUCAAAUUCUGAUAAUCAGAAGCUUGUGUAAAUGGGAAUGCUGUUUGCAUGGAAAUAAUUCAGAUACACAGGAUUUUUUUUCAUAAAAGAUAUUUGAAUAUGGAGGAAAUCUGUUCUCCAUACAGCUAACGUACAAAAUGGUGUAUUUCACCAUCUCUAAUUUGUUUUGACAACAAAUACACACACUCCCCACUCCUCCUCACUUGAGCUUCACUAGUGAAGAAUGAAUAGCAUAGGUGUGUCUGAAUUUACUUCAGGUCACUUGUUCAAAAGGCAUAGGGGAGCUUGGAAAAGAUGUUUCUAGAAUUUGUUUUAAUGUGUAAGCCAAAUCUUAUGUUUCAAUGUCAGCUGUUGUAGAAAAAGUGGCUUUGUCUUGUAAUUAACAAUGAGCUAUGAUGCUUUGGGGGGUUAUCAUUCUGAUGUGUUUUUUUUUAAUUGUGAAGAACAUUGGUUCGAUUUAACACAGAGCUUUUGCUAUGCAUGGUAUUUGUUUGGAAAAGUGAUUCCUAUAGUGGCUUUUGUUCAGGAUCGCUUUCCAGAAUGGGCAGUUCCAAGCUCAAUGCCUCCCAUGGGACACAGUUCAAAAUGCAAUGUUCCUUUAAACAAACAAACAAAAAGUAGCACGAUCUCACUAAAAUGAGCCAGAUACAAAAUUAGGAAAAAUUGCCUUGCCAUUUGUCCCUAUGAGAUUGCAUUAGCUGCUCAAGAUGCUGCUAUUUUUAUUCUUAUUUUCCCCACCUUAAAAAUAAAGCUAAGCUCUGUUCUCUUAAAUGUCUUUUAAAACAUUAUUUUUUUUUGUUUUAAUUGAUUUUUUUAGGGAGGCAGAGGCUAAACAGAUCAGUUGCACAUUGCCUUUAAAAGGCAAUAUUAACAAAUUCACCUCCUUAGAAAAUGUUGGCUUUCUUAAAUUGAUGGAGCUGUUGUCCUGUUUUAAGUUGCUUUUAAAAAAUUGUACUAGGUCUUCAACCAGAAUAAAGGUUGUUUUGAAACUGCA